AUGGAGUCUCUCUCGGAGGGAGAAAUAGCGGAAAUAGCGGGUCUACAGAGAGAGGAAGGCGCGCGGAGGCUCGCGUGUCUCUUCUCCUGGACUGAGUUUGAUGACCGUCGCUGCGGUUUGCAGCAGGAGUUCGUGCACGACGUGGUUGCGUUCGCUGCAAGCAGAGGAUUCUCUCGAGACAGCGUGAUCCGGGCUGCACGCGCAGCCAAGAGCAUCUUCCCCCAGCUGCACGACCUGGAUGCAGACAGACUCGUGUCCCUGUUCAGGGAUGUCCUGCCCGGCCUGACCCCCGUCCAGCAGUCCCAGCUGGUCCGGUACCUGGCCCACACCCUGGUGUCCCGGCGGAGGCUGCUGGCGGCGGUGGCGGUGGGCGGGGCUCCGUCCGUGACCAUCAAGAGUCUGGAGGUUGGGGUGGAGCUACCUCCUGCGCCCUGCCCUCUAGAGGAGGGCACCGAUCUGCACGAGUGGGAGGCUCAACGGCACGAAGACGGACUCGGCUCGGAGCUGGAGCAGAAGCAGGAAGAGCUGAGACGUCUCCGGGACGGACCCCGAGUCUCUCUGAAGGACGUUGACGUCCCAAGCGAUCAGGGCGCGGCGGAGUUCGUCCGUGAAGCGGUGAGGUCGGCGGGAGGUCAGAUACUGGAGAACCUGAACCGAGAGGUCCAUCUGAUGGGAGACAUCCAGGAGCUGACGCGUCAGCGGCAGGCCGCCACCACCAGCAGAGGGCGCCAGAGCGACAGCCCACAGGCCAAGCAGCAGACAGCAAAGACCAGGAAGCAGUGA